AAGUGUAGGUUGCUGCAACCUGUAUCCCUUGAGCAGCGGGUGCUCGCACAACAGUUCUCAUGCUACUUGCAAGCAGCUCAUUUGAAGGAGCCCCAGCAACGUACACGGAGGAUGAACGAACCCUACAGCCCUACAACAUCCCGACCCAUCAGCAGCACCUCACCCAGCACCAUGAAAAUGUUCAUGGGCUUUCUUGCUGUAUUUAUUGUAGCACAGACGAUUGGGACCGUACUCUUCUGUUUGUAUCUUCACAUGAAGAUGGAUAAGAUGGAAGAGGUGUUGAGCUUCAAUGAAGAUUACAUCUUCCUGAGGAAAGUACAGAAAUGUCAGACAGCAGAAGGUCAGAAGUCGACAUUACUGGACUGUGAAAAGAUUUUAAAGGGCUUCCAGGACCUCCAGUGCAAGGAUGGGGAAGCCAGCAAAGGGCAGCCCAAGUUUGAAAUGCAAAAAGGCCAUAAGCACCGUGAGCAUCCCCAUUUGAUGCACAAGAAUGAGACAUCCAUAGCAGAGGAGAAGAGGCAGCCGAUUGCAGCCCACCUGGCAGGUCAGAAGAGCAGCAAGACAGUCUCAGUGCUAGAGUGGAAGACGACAAUGUAUGGCCCCAUGAACAACAACUCGAUAUCCUACCAAGAGGGGAAACUGAAGGUGAAGGAAGCAGGGCUCUACUACAUCUACUCCCAAGUCAGCUUCUGCACCAAGGCAGCAACUUCGGCACCCUUCACCCUCUAUAUUUAUUUGUAUCUCCCCAUGGAAGAGGACCGACUCUUGCUGAAGGGACUAGACACACACAGCACCUCCAUGUCUUUCUGUGACCUUCAGUCCAUCCGGGAGGGAGGCGUCUUCAAGCUCCGGGAAGGAGACAUGGUCUUUGUCAACGUGACAGACUCAACACGAGUGAACUACAGCCAUGGCAGCACCUACUUCGGCAUCUUCAAGCUGUAGUGAGGAGGGCCCCCCCCCACCCAAGCUGGGGGUCCAGCCCGACUUUGUUGAGCAAAGUGGCUUUCCCUGUUUCCCAUAUUUAUGUUCCUCUGCCUCUUUGUUUUUCUUGUUUCUUAAUUUGUAUAUUUUGUUAUUUAUUAAUGAGGGCCAAGGGGCCUUAAGAACACAAAUGGAACAAAGUUUGAAGCUGUUGUUGUUUGCACUUUGCUUUUUUCUUUUGUUGCCAAUAGUUUGGUACGUGCUGAUGUUGUGCAUCUGGGUCCACCAUGCCCUGUGCAUGUGACAGGGUGGGUGUCCUCUUUAUGUCACAAGAGCUUUAUUUAGCAAACUCUACCAUCAACGUUUCUUUCCUAACAACGUAGGAUGGCUCAGGGCACUCCAGUCAAACUAGGUUCAUACAUAUCUCCUGUACCAAUCUGCUAACAAAACAUCAACGGAAAAACAUUAAAAGGCUUAGGAACGUCUCCUCUAAAGGAAUCAAUCAGCCAAGCGCUGUCCUUACGUGCUAGCUGCUGGUGAUGCAUCGUUGCCACACUAACUGUCUGCUUUAUUUUGAGAACCCCCUUUUUUCCACCCAUGCCUGUCUACAAAAUUCAGCCAGCCUUCUUGCUUAGGAUGACACUGCCUUGUCCAGGCUCACCCUCAGUGACAUUCGCCCCACAUCAGAGGGGUGAUCGGUGGCUGAGAGGGGACUGCUGAUUUCAAGCUAGAGUGUGGGUAAGGCACCAGCAGUGCUCUGCUCGGGGACCCCAAGCCGCUUGCCAGACUGUCCUCCUCCCACCUCUGCAGGUAGAUCUACCUGUGGACUGUUUCACUCCCUUGUGGAAGGGGCGUUGGCCUCCACCAUCAACUUUGGACCUGCCUCCUCUCCUGAGACACCUCUUACCCUAGGAGGAGGACCAGGAAAGCACAGGGGCAGCAGGACCGACUGCUUCUUCCCAAGCCCUCCAAGUUCCAUGCGUGGAGCAUCUUCUGGCUGUCCUCAGUGAGGACACUGCUGCCCACAGCAGCACUUUUCCUGGAGCUCCAGAAGAGCAGGACUGUGCAGACCAGCAGGACCAUCUCUCAGGCAGGGGAUACCUGAGUGAUACCGCACACUGGGGUCUCCCCGACUCUCUUCUCCAGGUUGGCCUGCAGGGAAGGUAAGCUGAGCCACAGCAGGGCACAAGGAUGUUGACACAGCAUUUUUUAAAAGUCUCUGAAGAUGCCAAAGGUGGCAAGCCUGGACCAUUUGGUUAUACAGGUCACCCUUGUUGGAACACAAAAGUUUGGAGAUACUUCUGGAAGGCAACAGGUUUGCAAGUGGAAGAGCUUUGAGAUUUGAACAGUCCUUAGGGUUUACUUGGCUGGAGACUGCAGGUCUGGUCCUAACAUGGUGCCUGAGUGCCAUCACAGCUGGGAUGGAUGGGGCAGUCUUUCCAUAGCUCAUUGCAGUGCUGGGUGCCUGACAUGGCCCCCUCCCAAAGUCAGUAGAGGAGAGCUCAGAGCCAGUCUGGUUUUACUGUAAUUUAAUAUGUAUUUGUUGGCUGUUCUCCAAAAAUGC